AUGGCGAUAAAUGAAGAAAGUAAAAACUUUCAUAUCGAGCAUCUGUUCAGCGUCUUUUCGCUCGUCCCUUCAAUUUUCUACAUAAUAUUCUUAUCAUUCAUCGAACUAGAUCAGAUUGUUGGAAUCUUCCUCAUAGACCAAUAUGUGUACGUCUGCUCGGAUUAUGGUGAUGUUGGUGGUGACUUGGAUGGUUUUCAUUCAAGUUGUGGAGCCUGCUCAAUUCAGCUUGUAACGUCUUUUAGCGGUAAGAAUCUUUUGCUCGACGUGCUCGAGCAGUGGAAUAAACAUCAGUA